AUGGAAAGUGUAAAGAAAAUGCACACAUGGACGAUAAAAAUUAGCCACCUGAGUGUUUUUGUUGUGGUGAUGUAUUUUUCGAUGAUUCCUGCUGGAUUGCUAAGCAUCAUAAGAGAUCCACAGGAUCUGCAUGGCCAGCGAUUGGCCCAGAGGACUACUUUUUUGCCUCAUCGCCUGAAGAGAGGUUGGAUCUGGAAAGAGCUGUUUGUCCCUGAGGAAGAUCCAACUUCUCGUAUUAUCGGCCAGCUCAAAUCUGACUCUGACCGAGGAGAGUUUAACAUCAAGUACAUUUUAUCAGGAGAAGGUGCUGAAGAUCUGUUUGAAAUGGAUGAGUAUACUGGUGAGAUCCGAACACUGAAGAAGUUGGACCGUGAAGAAAAGGCUUUCUAUGUCCUUCAAGCACAGGCUAUCAACAGAAGGACCAAUGAGCCUGAGGAGCCCCAGUCAGAGUUUAUAAUUAAAGUGCAGGACAUCAACGACAACAUGCCUCGGUUCCAGAACGAGCCUUAUGUGUCCAGCAUCCCUGAGAUGAGUCCUAUUGGGACCACGGUGGCCCAGGUGACAGCCACAGAUGCGGAUGAUCCCAUGUUCGGAAACAACGCCAAGCUCCUCUACUCCAUCCUGCAGGGGGAGCCCUACUUCUCCGUCGAACCCAAAACUGGGAUUAUUGUUACAUCUUGGCGCGACAUGGACCGAGAGGCCCGAGACGAGUACCUGGUGGUGGUGCAGGUGAAGGAUAUGCUAGGCCUCAGCGGUGGUUACUCCUCCUCCACCACAGUUACCGUCAGCUUGACUGAUGUUAAUGACAACGGGCCCACAUUUCAGCAAUAUCUGUAUACAUUUGCUGUUCCUGAAAAUGCACCAGUGGGCACCACAGUGGGCAGAGUUAUGGCAGAGGAUAGCGACAUUGGCAUCAAUGCCAGAAUGACUUACAGCCUGAAGGGUAAUCUGGAGGGAAGUUCCACUUUUAUCAUCGAAACUGACCAGGUGACGCAGGAAGGAGUGCUUCUGCUUGCCAAGCCUUUAGACUUUGAAUCCAGAAGACGCUAUGACAUGGCCGUAGAGGCAGCUAACGAACACGUCGACACCCGCUUUCUGCCUCUGGAUGAGUUCAUGGACAGAACAACACUCAAAGUAGUCGUGGAGAACGUGGACGAGGCACCUGUCUUCCUCUCGCCAGUCUACGAGUGGAAGAUUCCUGAAAAUGCAGCUGUGGGAACCGUAGUUGGCAGCGUUAGUGCCAGAGACACUGACACAGACAACAACCCCAUCAGAUACUCAAUUGACAAAAGGACCGCUGCCACAAAAGCUUUCAAUAUAGACCCAAACAAUGGAACCAUAGCUGUUGCUAAAGCUUUGGACCGCGAGAUUACAGAGUGGCACAACAUGACUGUCGAAGCCAAGGAAACGACACAGAACCGUUUAUCCUCCACCGUGGUGGUGUUCAUCAAAGUGCUGGACAUAAACGACAACGUGCCGAGGCUUGCCAGGGAUUACCAGCCAUAUAUCUGUGAGGGCACGCAGGCUGGAGAACUCAUUCAGCUUCUCAGUGCGGUUGAUUUGGACGAUCCCGUGGAAGGACACCACUUCUACUUCUCGUUGGUGCCUGAGGAGCACAUUAACCCAAACUUCUCUAUCAGAGAUAAUCAAGACAAUACAGCUGGCGUCGUGGCACGCAGGAGUACUUUCACACGCAAGGAUCGAACCCAGUACCUCCUACCUGUGGUUGUGGCGGACAGUGGCUUUCCGGUUCUGUCCAGCACCACCACGUUGACCAUCAGCGUGUGCAGCUGUCAGCCUGCUGGCCAUUGUCCCACAGGAGGGGUGGAAGCCCUCGCUCUGACUAUGAGCGUCAGCAUGCAAACCUUGUUAGGGAUUCUAAUCUGUCUGGCUACACUCACAGUGCUGUCAUUCCUGAUGCUGAUGGUGAGGAGACACAGGCAAAAACAGCAGGAGGCGACGGGCGAGGAGGCGAAGGAGCUGCCGGACACCGUGUCACAAAAGGUGCUUUAUUACACAGCUAAAGGAGAGGGAGGAGCUGAGUUGGACUUCUGCCAGCCCGUCGUCCCGCUGCGCCCCCGUCCCAAGAGACGGGAGAGGAGGCUGCGGCGGGAGGACGUCAGGGCCAGCAUACGGAUGUCACUCCGAGAGUCACACCUCAUUGGCCCGGAGGACGAGGUCUUCAAGCAGUUCAUCCUGGACAGACUGGCAGAAGCUGAUCAUGAUCCUUAUGUUCCACCGUUUGAUUGCCUCCGGACUUACGCAUAUGAGGGGUCAGGGUCCCCCUCAGGGUCCCUCAGCUCAUUGGACUCUUCAUCUCUGGAGCUGGAAGUUGCGCAACCUGUUUGCAAUCCCAGACCCAGUUUAAUGAGACUCACUCCUUGGUAUGGAGGAGGAGAGGCGGACACAAUAUUUUAA